UGGUUCUUCACAGGCGGCGCGCUAUCAAUCCUUAUUGAUAGCGCGCCUUUCAGUGAUUUGGGCAUGUCAUAGACACGCCCAAGGUUUUUAUGUACUUUUCUGGCCAUCCAUGUACCCAGGGACUGGACACCUUGAAUUGUUUUUCCGCAGUGCUGGCCUGUUUUUCCAGUUUUCAAGUAGGCAUCAGUUUAACAUUGAAGAUCAUACUGACUUGCACUAUAGUUUUGGUGGUCUACACCUUCUGUGCCUACCACCUUUCCUUAACAAGUUUAAUCCUAGCUCAGCGCAAAUGUAUUACCCUUUAUGGGCAUUUUCUGGUCAUGUGAUGCUUAAAUCUUUGCCCAACUUUUGA